AUGAACGCUGCCGCCCGGCGCGCGGCGUCGCAUGCCCUCCGGAGGUCUCACAACUCGGUAUUCUCGACAUGCUCGCGCCGAUGGAGCUCUACAUUCGAGGAUAGGCAAUGGUCUACCCCAUUGGCCCGCACAUUGGCCAGUGCGAUGAGGGUCACUGGGCCCAUUCCCAUCGCGGCAUUUAUGCGCCAAGUUUUGACCUCCCCGGAAGGCGGAUACUAUACCUCCCGCGAAGAUGUGUUCGGAAAACAUGGUGACUUUGUUACCUCGCCCGAGAUUUCACAGGUGUUUGGAGAGCUGAUUGGCAUUUGGGCUAUUGCGGAGUGGAUGGCGCAGGGGCGGAAGCGGAGUGGUGUUCAGCUGAUGGAGGUUGGACCGGGGAAGGGCACGCUGAUGGAUGAUAUGCUGCGGACGUUUCGAAACUUCAAGACUUUUACCUCGAGCGUGGAGGCAAUUUAUCUCGUUGAAGCAAGUGCUACUUUGCGGGAGGUGCAGAAGGCUCUUCUUUGUGGCGAGGAGGCUGCCAUGGAAGAAACUGAUAUUGGACAUCGGAGCACCUGCAAAUACUUUGAUGUGCCCGUCAUCUGGGUGGAGGAUAUUCGUCUGUUGCCGCAUGAGGAAGGCAAGACGCCAUUCAUCUUUGCACACGAAUUCUUCGACGCUCUCCCCAUCCACGCCUUUGAGUCUGUCCCUCCGUCUCCUGAGAACGAAGCGCCGGCCCAAGUCCAGGAGAUCAUGACUCCUACAGGUCCUCAAAAGCUCCAUAAACCACUCAAGACCGCGAACACUCCACAAUGGCGCGAACUACUCGUCACAUUGAACCCCAAGGCUGUCGAAGAAAACAUCGAAGGCGAGCCCGAGUUCAAGCUAACCAAGGCAAAGGCCUCCACGCCCUCUUCCCUCGUGAUUCCCGAGAUUUCCGAUCGCUACCGCAGACUCAAGUCCCAACCUGGGUCAACCAUCGAGAUCAGCCCCGAAAGCCGGAUCUACGCAGCCGACUUUGCGCGCCGCAUCGGCGGGGACGCUGCCUCUGCGCAGUCUUCGAAGAAGGCAACUGUUCCGCAAGCAUCACAGAAGAUGACACCUUCCGGUGCAGCCCUGAUCAUGGACUACGGGACUAUGUCGACCAUUCCCAUCAACUCCCUGCGCGGAAUCCAGCACCACAAGAAGGUUGCUCCGCUCUCGGCUCCUGGCCAGGUCGACGUCAGCGCGGACGUCGACUUUACCUCGCUGGCCGAGGCUGCCAUUGAGGGAAGUGACGGUGUCGAAGUGCACGGCCCUGUUGAGCAGGGUGAUUUCCUUCAGGCGCUGGGCAUUGAAGAGCGCAUGCGCCAGCUGCUGAAGGGCGUUGGAGAUGAGGAGCGCAAAAGAACUUUGGAGACUGGGUGGAAGCGCCUGGUUGAGAAGGCGGGCGGUUCGAUGGGCCAGAUUUAUAAGGUGAUGACCAUCAUCCCAGAAAAUGGUGGUCGUAGACGCCCUGUAGGGUUUGGCGGUGGCGUUUCGAUAUAA